CAGGCCGUGAAACUUUCUGUAUCAAUCUGUCUGUUUUUAUUUUUUACUUCAGACUGUUUUCCUCACUUCGGGAGGCCAUCACUCAUGACCAUGCAAGUUUUGCGUAACUAUCAGUUCUUGCGCCAUUUCGGUCGAUGUACAAGUCCGUUCUCAGCCACAAAAACGUGGUUUGGUCACCCUGGCCUAGUAGGCCACUCGAAUUUCAAAGCUGGGCUUCUUUUGCAGUCUAAGUCGUGGCUUUCGACUACCACUCCUGAUACAUUGGGCCCUCUGCCGGAUAUUCCACUGCCUCCGGUCGCGGAGACUAUGCUAAAUACGUUGGGUGAACCAUCGUUGGCAUCUCUCGGACUGUGUAGUUACUGGCCAUCUGGCUGGUACCAAGCUUUGUUGGAAGCACUCCAUGUCUCUCUGGACUUACCUUGGUGGGCUGCUAUUGCAACAACGACCCUGUGCAUUCGACUCUGUCUCUUUCCAUUCAUUAUUGGUCAGCGUCGGUCUUUAGCCAAAUACGGUGAUGCGAUGCCGCGGCUAACGUUGCUUCAGGAGCGGAUGACAAAUGCACGACUGUCGGGCGACUAUCUUGAAAUGAUGAAGGUGUCGAAAGAGAUGCAGGAAAUGAUGCGUUCAAAAGAUGUCAACCCCCUGAGGUCAAUGAAGCUUCUAAUUGUGCAGAUACCCAUAUUUUUAUCGGUCUUCGCCGGCAUUCGUGGAAUGGCCUCGCUCCCGGUACCAAGCAUGAAAACAGGUGGUUUGAGCUGGUUUACGGAUCUCACGGUUCCCGAUCCAUACUGCCUUCUUCCAUUCAUGAGCAUGGCUUCAAUCAUUCUCAUGUUCGAGACCGGUACGGACAUAUCUACCAAGGGUAUGACACCUUUUAUGAAGACAGCCUUGCGAAUCUUCCCCGUCUUCGGAUUUCUGAUGGUCAUGAACAUGCCUUCGGCUAUACUGUGGUACUGGACUGUAAGCAACUUCAUGUCACUGGUGCAGGCAUUUGUCUUACGAAUCCCGGUCAUUCGUGAUGCCCUCAAACUUCCAAAGGUGUCAGCCAUGCCGGAGGCUUUGCACAGCAAGCGUGGAUUUAUUGAGGGUUUCAGAGAAACGAUGACUAACUCGAAACUCCUGGCCGAAUUAGAAGCUCGCGAACGUUUGGACGCCGACUCAUGGCAACGGGCAGGUAAAGCUGCAGCUCCACGCACGUAUGCUUACAAUCCCAAAGCGCCACGACCGAUUCGAACAACCGGCACUGUGGUUGACUCCGGUGAUUCGAUAAAGCGGGCUGAAUCGGGGCGUAGCUAACUUUGCUGGGCCUUGUAAUGCUUAACCACUUCUGUAUAGCUUCGUUCUCUCUGUACAUAUUUCACUCAGCUGUUCCGUAGACUUUGAAGGGUGUCACUUCUAGCUAUUUGCGAGCAAAUGAAUCGGACCUCGGUACUUUUUAUUUUCAUGAAUUUAUGGUUGGG